UGCCCAGAGAUAUAUGUUGUCUGCCAGUUGUACAUUCGUCUCGGGAUUACACCCGAACAUGGCCUGACGUCACACCAGCAGGCGCGGCUCAAUGGCAGUCAACCUAUAUCAAAGCCACCACCACUAUGUAUAGACCGCGACAACGCUAGUGCUCAUUGUCUUUCUGAACCCUUCCCCCAUCUCAGGACAAUGCCGGAGACGUUAUUGGAGAUCAAGGACCUCGAGUGCCCGCGGCCGAACGGGGACCCCAUCUUCUCGCACGUCAACUUCUCUGUGCGGGAGGGCGACAUUCUCAUCGUGCAGGGGAAGAGCGGCUCUGGGAAGUCCACGAUUCUGAAAUGUCUGUCGCAUCUUAACAUAUACCGUGGCGAGGUGCUCUAUAGGGGAAAAGGCCCCAAGUCGUACGGCAUCCCAUUCUAUCGCACGCGCGUCCUAUACGUCCCUCAGCGGGCCUCCCUACUUCCCGGCACUCCUCGGGAUUUCAUGAGCGCCGUCACGUCCUUCAGUUCGUACAACAAGUCCGACGGGGGGAAACCCAAGAAGGGCAAGGCGCCGACUAUUGCCCACGAGACUAUUGAGCUAGCGGAGUCGUGGGGCAUCGACGAAGAGCUGUGGGAUAGGAUAUGGAGCAACCUCAGCGGAGGUGAGAUGCAGCGCAUUGCACUGGCCAUAGCAGUCGGGAUGAGGAGUGCCGAGAUCCUUCUCUUGGACGAGCCUACGUCUGCACUUGACCCGGAUACGGCGUCGAGUGUAGAGGAGUUCCUGAAGUCCGAGAUCAAGAGGUCAGAAUCGAACCUGAAGGCGUUGAUUUGGGUCACGCAUUCGGAAGAGCAAGGAAGACGUGUAGGCACGCGUUUCACCCAUCUAUCAUCAGGAGGUAUACGAGAGGAGGACGGGGAUUCUAUAGUGUAGAUAUAGUGCAGUUCAUAGGGGGUAGUGCAAUCAAUUCAUAUACAUAUGUAGUGCAAAACGAGUG